AUGGACGCAAUAUUAUGGGUGUAAUUUUUAUUUAUAAUUUUAUCAUUGAAUAAUUGAGUUCGGAAAAAACGAAAUCAAAACAAUCAAAAAUGCUUUCGAAAGAUAAAAUUUUAUUACAAAAUACAAUAUCCGAAUCGCAAGUGCAAGAAAUUGCUGAAAAAUAUUGUAUUGCAUUUAAAGAACAUCAAUUAAAUGCUGAUCAAGAAUUAGAAUAUGGACAAAUGUUGUUACAAUCACCAUUCGAACAAGAUCAUCUAACAGCAAUUCAAGUUUUUAAUGAAGUUAUUCGUUUUAGAAGAAUGGAUCCAGCCAUGACCUUAGAAUUCUAUGUUGGCUUAAUCAUUGGUUACAUAAAAAUAAAAGAUUUGGAUCAAGCUAAAAAUAUUUUGGAAACAUGUCGACAACGAAAUUCUUUCAAUGUUGAACAACUUGAACGUUUGGAAAUGAUUGAAAAAUGGAUUAAAAAUCGAAAUCAAUCAUUUUUUUGGGGAGCAGUUACAUUUGCUGCCGGUAUUGCGGCAAUUGCAUUGAUGAGCGCAAUGGGAAAGAAACAGUAGUGAAUUUUUAAGUUUGAAUUGCGUUCGAAAAGAAGUAAAAAAAAAUCUAAUUCUUGUUAAUUCAUUUUAUAAUUUUAAAUUUUAUUCACGAAAAAUUUUAAUUACGUUGUUUGUGAAUUGACGUUUUUUUUACUGUUGACAAUCAACACAGCUGAGCGAUGAUAUUUUUUUUGUUCUUGAUGCAAUAGCUUUUCAAUCAGCCAGUCAACGAUUUGUAAUUAACAAUUUUUUUUUAAUCUCUGA